GCAAGAGCUAGUUAUGUAGCUAAAUUUGAGCACUGGAUGGGCCUAAUUAAAGAAACUGAUGCUGUAGCAUAUGAGUGGUUAGCUGACAAGCCUCCACAGCAAUGGUCAAGGUCUCAUUUUCGUGAAUUUCCUAAAUGUGAUAUGCUACUUUAUAACAUGUGUGAAUGUUUCAAUAGAUAUAUUUUACAAGCUAGGGCGAAGCCUAUAUUGUCCAUGCUGGAAGCUAUUAGAUGCAAAUUGAUGAAUAGACUAUAUAUGAAGAUGGAGGCUGCUGAGAAGUAUAAUGGAAGCAUUUGUCCAAAGAUUAUAAAAAAGUUUGAGAAGUUGAAAGAGCAAUCAGCUGUUUGCUGGCCUCAACCUGCAGGAUCUGGAAAAUUUCAAGUUGGUUCAAGUCAUGGGCAAUUUGUAGUGGAUCUAAUCCAAAAGACCUGUAGCUGUAGGAGGUGGGAUUUGACAGGACUCCCUUGUCCACAUGCUAUAUCGGCCAUGCUACAUGAGAAUUUGAGACCAGAAGACUAUGUGCAUGAUUGCUACAGCAUAGAAACAUAUAAAAAAUGUUAUGCGCAUCUUAUAAAACCCAUUAAUGGCCAAGACAUGUGGACAAAGACAGGACAAGAGCCUAUUCAGCCUCCUGAUAAUAAAAAGAGGCCAGGAAGGCCUAAGAUGGCAAGAAAAAAGUCGGCUAGUGAGUUGCAAACUUCGAACAAGUUAGGAAGGCAUGGGGUCAGGAUGACUUGCACAAAAUGUGGGGAAAAAGGUCACAAUAAAGCUACUUGCAACAGAAGAUCUAGGGCAGGUGUGAGACCAUUAGUACCAAAACUACCUGUUAGGAGGAAUAGAGCAGAGUUCGAGACCACUAAUGAGGCUACGCCAACACCCACACCCGCACAAAACAUGAGGUCACAUUUCAUUGUUAGAUGGAUGCCAGAUGGAACUACACAAACUCAAGCUGCAACUCAACCAAAUCCACCUCCUAUUCCAGAGUCAGACUUCAUUAGAAGAUGCCAAUCACAGGCACCCAGUAGAGGACCAACAACUAGACUACAACACCUCCUACAAAGUAAGAAGUGCAAAGGAAAAGGCAAGCUGCUGAAUAGACAAGCUGCUGAAUAGACAAGCUGCUGAAUGGAAGACAAGCUGCUGAAUGGAAGACAAGUUGCUGAAUGGAAGACAAGUUGCUGAACAGGCUGCUAUUUUGCAAUCCUUUUACAAAGGAUACUAAAACUGAGAUAAUUGACUCUUUUUUGUUUAUAGCUGAAAUGUAACUUUGGAUGUUGCACUAACAUCUUACCUUUUUGUUUAUAGCUGAAAUGUAAUUUUGGAUGUUGCAC